AGUCAUCCAGAAAUGGGGCUGCUGUCAAUUUAUUUCAAACCCAAUUUUUUGGGUUUAUUAAAAUUUUUAAACAGUAUGAAUUGGUAUAUUGUAUUUUUUAGUUUGAUAAAUCUUUCAAUGUGCAUUUAUGAAGAUCAGAUAGGGAAAUUUGAUUGGCGUCAGACUUACGUUGGGCGUAUAAAGUUCUCUCAGUUUGAUACAGUUUCAACCGCUAGGAAGCUUAUAGUGGCUACGGAAGAAAAUGUAUUAGCUGCUUUGCAUUUGAAGACUGGUGAGGUGGUCUGGCGACAUGUGUUUGAAAGUGCGUCUACAGGCAACAUACAGUUGUUGCAUGUCUCUGACAAAGUUGUCACAGUGACAGGCUCCAAUCCUUACCUUGUUAGAGGAUGGGAUUCCACCACAGGAAUUCUCCUUUGGGAAUGGUCAUUGACACUUCAAGAUGACGAUCAUGCAGACUUUUCGGAGUGGUGGGUGCACCAAGGCCUGUUGGUGCACAUGCUACCAGUGUUCAACUCACACAUUGAGGUCACCAUGUAUAACUUGUUGACGGGACAGAACCGAGGGGCUACAUCCAAACUGCCUGCUGCUUGGGUUAAUGAUGGAUGUGUUCUAAGUCCUCCGUAUUACAGUUGCAUAUCAGGCAACAUGGGUGCUCAACGUUUACUCUCCGUAGAUGUUACAUCCAGUACAGUUCAAUUGAUAAGCCAACCAUUAUUUGAUUAUCUCAGUUUGGAUGUGUUUGAAGGAAAUCUAAAGCCUUUAGAUGGAAAUAGUGUAUUACCCGCUUUUAUUAUCGAUGAUAAGAAGAUUGUGAUUGUUAAGGAUAACAAUUUUGAAGCAUUAAAUAUUAAUAUAGAAGAUAUGUCAGCGAGUGUUACCAUAAUUGAUGGAUCAAACGGACCAAUAGUUUUACAAGCUUGGACGGAUGAUAAUCUGGGUUUUAAGCUGUCAGCUUACAGCGUGAAUAAUGGCAAAGAAGUGCCAGAGAUAAAAUGCUCCGACAAUGCUCUUCGUAUUCCGGAGCCCGAGCUAGGAGCGGUUCUCUGCAGCAAGACUGGCAAUGAUCAUGCUUGCAGGAUAGUUGUCAAUGGUGCUGAUGAUGCUAUACAUUUAAUGCAACAAGGAGGUAGAGUUUUGUGGAGUCGCGAGGAAUCGCUGGCGAAUGUAGUUGGGGUGGAAUUUGUGGAUCUGCCCGUGUCGGAGACAGAUGCAGCUAUAGAGUCGGAGUUUGAUCAGAAAGAAGCUGCCAAGAUGUAUAGUUCUAUCUGGGCGGCGUUCUCUCGUCGCUUACACAGUCAGUAUCAGCAGCUGCACACGCUGCUCGCCAGUUUACAAUCUGACAGGGAUGUGGUGCAUUCCAGUACUGACGAUCUUGUACGGGAUUACUUCAAUCUACAUAAAGUUAUCGUAUUGGUCACUGAAGUUGGAAAAAUCAUAGGCAUAGACAAUUUAUCCGGUGAGAUACUUUGGCAACGUUUUGAGUCCGCUUUAGAUACGGAGGCUGUGGCCAUUUUCACGAGACGGACAGCGCGACAUCCGCCUUACGACGCAUAUCUCACUAUUGUCGGCAAACAUGAGGAGUCUGGCAACGGUCUCAUCAUCAGUUUGAACCCAAUAACUGGUGAGCUUGUGGGCGAGCGCGUGCUGCAGGUGGACGGCAGAGUGCUGCAGUGCGCACUCCUGCACCAGCCUGAUGAGGAGAAGCUGCACGGACUGGUGCUGCUGUAUGAUGAUGAAUCAGUACAGGUGUUCCCAGUAUCUUCGGAACGUCUCGUAGACGACAUGUAUCUGUACGUGGCGGAGACAGAAACAGCUAAAGUACAGGGUUACGCACUCAAGUACAAUGGCCGAACAGCUAUAGCUCAAAAGAUCUGGUCUCUGGAUCUGGGCAGUGGUGGGCAUCGUAUUGUGGUGUCAGCUGCGCGCGCAGCUCAGCGCACACACUCACCAGGCCGCGCCCUCGCUGACCGCAGCGUGCUCUACAAAUACAACAACCCCAACCUGGUGCUCUUCAUCACUGAGGGUCCCGAUCCUGUACAUAAAGAUGUUGUGCGAGCGGUGGCUGUGGACGGUGCGUCUGGUGCUGUGGCUGCGGGCGCUGUACACAGACGAGCGCGCGCCACACACCUCGCCGUACACGCUGACAACUGUCUUGCAUACCUCUACCUCAGUGACAAGCAUCGCCGUGUAGAGAUAGCUACAAUGGAGUUAUACGAAGGCAAGGAGCGCUGGGGCUCGCCGGGUGCCGCGUUCAGCUCGUUCUCCAGCGCACGCGCACCCGCAGCUGCGCGACAAGCAUACAUCGUGCCUACAGCUGCGCGUGCGCCUCGCGCCGCCGCACUCACAGUCACUGAGCGCUCGCUCACCGACAGACAUCUGCUGCUGGCGUUAUCUAAUGGAGCGAUAGUGGAGAUCCCGUGGGCGUUCCUGGACCCGAGGCGGGCGCCUGUAGGAGUCGGGCAGGCGGGCGUGGGCGAGGAGGGCGUGCCGCCGUACGCGCCCGAGCUGCCGCUGCCGGCGGAGGCGGUACUCAACUACAAUCGUACGCUGCAUCGCGUGCGCGCGCUGCACACACAUCCCGCAGGCAUUGAGUCCACCAGUCUCGUGCUCGCCACAGGACUCGAUCUGUACUACACGAGAGUGGCGCCAUCUAAAACAUUCGAUCUCCUCAAAGACGACUUCGACUACCACCUGAUCAGCAUCGUGCUGGUGGCGCUGGUGGUAGCCUCUUACAGCACCAAGUACUUCGCCUCUCGCAAGAUGCUCAAGAUGGCGUGGAAGUGAUGGUGAGUGUAUCUACGAGACAAUUUCGACCGUAUUGCAAUUGGAUAGAGAUCAAAUUCUAUUAACAAAAUAUUUUAUGAGGCAACGGUACAAUAUCCUGAGAAAUAACAUUAUAUAUCUUUGAGAGAAUAGUAAAUUAGGGUAAAAUAUAACUUAAGGUAGAGUUAUUGACAAACUUUUUUUUUUGU